UCCGCCUUUGUGUCCGCAGACAGCUCCGCGCUCUGCAGCGGGGAGACGCACCAAACCUCCCCGGACAGCAGGCGAGGAGUCCGGCUUCAGCAGCCGCCGCCGCCGCGCCCCGCUGGACGAGCGGAGGAUGGAGGAUCAGGAGGACCCCUUUAUCAAAGGAGAACCGGAUCUGGAUUAUGUGUAAAAAAAAAAGGAGGAAGCAAACUUGAAGCAACAGAGAGAAUAAAGGAGGAGAGGAGGAGUGAGAGGGGCGUUUAUUGUGAAGAGAAAAGACAGAAGUCUGAAUCUCCAGACGCAUUAUCUCCUCUGACAGGACCAGGAUCGAUCUGAUCCACAUAAACCCGGACCACAUGGAGGCCACAGAGGGGAAGGAGUCAGAGAAAUCCUCCGGGGAUGAGUGUUCACACCUCGGCUCAGGAGAAGCAGACACGUCGCCUCAGAUCAGCGCAGAGAACUGCUUCGAGCUGCUGACUGAAGCGAAGCGCUGCGGCGCGCAGAGAGACCAGGACCGGGUCUACGGCUACAUGAGCGACCACUACCUGACGGUGCUGCGGACCCCCGGGCUGUUCGGUCGGCUCACCGCGGGGGAGAGGGAGCGCAUCCUGGCCCGCAGGAUGGAGGGGGAGAAGGUCCUGGCUGUGGCAGAGACCUGUGAGGUUCUGGACCGCGGGGGGAGCCGGGAGAACAGCCGGCCUCAGAGCCCACUGCUGCCCGGCAUGGAGGACUCGAACCACCGCAGGGUGUUCUGCCUCCACCCGGAGAGCCAGGAGUGGGAGGUCCUGACGGUCCUACCUGAGGAGGUCCCGGAUAAAGGCUCCGGGAUCUGCACCUUGUAUAACUACCUGUUCGUGGCGGGGGGGAUGAGGACGCACCCAGACGGCCGCUCCAAAGCUUCAGACCAGGUGUUCUCCUUCAACCCACGGACCGGCCUGUGGAGCCCGGUCCGGCACCUCAGCCAGCCCCGCUGCCAGCUCAGACUGGUCUCCAUGGACGGGUUCCUGUACGCCAUCGGGGGGGAGUGUCUGUUCACGGUGGAGCGGUACGACCCGCGCGCGGACAGGUGGACUCCAGUGGCCCCCCUCCCCAAAGGGUCCUUCGCGGUGGCGCACGAGGCCACGUCCUGUGGGGGGGAGCUCUUCGUGUCCGGGGGCUCCCUGUUCUACAGGCUGCUCCGGUACGACUCCCGCCGGGACGAGUGGGAGGAGUGUCCGUUCAACGAGAGCCGGAGGCGCUCCACGGACAUGGUGGCGCACCGGAGCCUCGUGUACCGGUUCGACGUGGAUCGAGAGCGCGCGGGGGUGAGCGUGUACAAAUACAACACGGUGGUGAAGGUGUGGCACGGGGGCGCGUUCUUCCCCCUCCUCAACCCGCUGCCGUUCCGUUGCGCGGUGCUCGGGGACCGGAUCUACUGCCUCAACCGGAGCCAGACUCUGCAGUUUGAGGUGCGCGAGGGGCAGGAGGGCUACCUGCCGGAGGUGCUGCCCCCUCCCUCAGAGGCCAGAGGAUCCCUCGUGCCCUUUGUCCUCUCUCUGAACAGGGACAAAUGAUCACCUGUAGACCUGGACUCUAGUACCCCUCCUCCUCUUCCUCAGCUGUGCCUUCCUCUCUGUCUCUCUCACCUGUUGCUGAAUGAAAGACUGAGUCUCUCUGUGGGGGGAUGAAGGUCGCUGGUCUGGACCCUGAUGCCAGGAGAGCGAGGUGGAAUGAGCUCCUACAGUGAAGUCAGUGUGAUGGUUUCAAACCAAAGUCAAACUCUGAUGUUGUCUGACUCUUGUAACGUGUCUGAUAUCUAACAGCCUGAUGUGUUUGUCACGUGACUGUGAAUGUUUUUUCUAUCCAAUCUGCCUCAUUAAAGUCAAAGUCAGUAAA